AUGGAGACAGAAUUAUGCGAACAUUGCAAAAAAGAAGUUCCUGCCGAAAAUUAUCUGAUGCAUUCGGCACACUGCAAAAGAAACAUUCAGUUAUGUCCUUUGUGCGGCCAAGCAAUAUCCCGUAAAGACGCGAAAGAACACUUGGAAGAAUACCACGAAAAAAUCGACUGUGUUCAAUGUGGACAGAAGACCACGAGAAUCGACGAGGAAAAUCAUCUGGCGAGCGAAUGUACCAAAGCGCUGAUUCCAUGCCACUACUGCGAUAUUUUACUGCCAAGGGAGAAAAUGUCAGAGCAUCAAGAUUUCUGUGGAUCCAGGACGGAGCUGUGUGAGAAAUGUAACCGGUAUGUCAUGAUGAGAGAUUUACAGAAGCAUGAGACAUCUUGCCUUGACUACAUUGUUCUUCCUUGUGAAUUCUGCGGGGCACGGAUCUCGUAUGAUCGUCUUGAUUCCCAUCAACUCCAGUGUAUGACUGAAAGUCAAACUUUGCGAAGUGAUAUACCUCUCCUUGUGGAGGGUGAAGAUGGUUCAUUUCGUGAGAUUGCAAUGGAGAAAGCGACGAGGUCAACGAGCAGCCAUGACAGUGCCGGAAGCGAAAAUGACUCUGCCAGUGGCUCCAACGAAGAAACCAUUGAUAAAGAAGGUAAUUCAGACAACAGCAUUGUUGCUUUGCCCUGUGAAAUCUGCGGAGAACUCUGUCCUUCUGAUCGGUUAAUGGAACAUCAAGAACGAUGCGGACAAGAGAGUGAAGAUGAUGAAAGCCAGGAAGAACCUCUGGAAUUGAACUUCCGGUUUAUGAACUUCCGGUUUAACAGUCAUCCAUACAGGGGAAUGGACAACUAUUACGAUGGACUCUUUUCCGAAGGAAUAUCUCGUGUGUUUGAAAGCCUUAUUCAGCAAGGAGUGUUAAGCGACCUCGGAGACAGAAUGUGGCCAUUCAACAUUAUGAGGAACUAA